AAAGCUUUUAACUAUUUCUUUAUAAAGCAUUCGAAUUUAAAUCCCCCCUUUUGCCUUAGCUAAAUCUGGAAAACAACAUCUGGCGUUCAUUCGAGCUUUCGGCUCUUGACCAGUUAGUGUCUUCACACCGCGCCAGUUUUUAGUGUUGUCAGUGCAGGUGCUACAAUUUUUUCAAACCAAAGAUGUAUCAUAUGCAUAGCAAAGUUGUCAUGAAUUCCGUUGAAGAAUUCCAGGAGACAUUCCAGUUGUUUGACAACCGAGGGGAUGGAAAGAUCCAGGUGACACAAAUUGGAGACGCCCUGCGCGCCCUGGGUCAAAACCCCACCGAGUCAGACGUGAGGAAAUUCACUGCUCAGCACAAACCAGAGGACAGAAUCACGUUUGAAGUCUUCCUACCCAUCUACCAAGCCAUCGUCAAGAACAAAAACACAGACACAGCGGAUGACUUCCUGGAGGGUCUCCGUCACUUUGAUAAGGACGGAAAUGGCUUUAUUUCAUCUGCAGAACUGCGCCACCUCCUCACUGCCCUUGGAGAAAAGCUGACUGACGAUGAGGUGGAGCAGCUCUUGGCAGGCCAAGAAGACUCUCAAGGAAACAUCAACUACGAGGAGUUUGUCAACAUGGUCAUGCAGGGCUGAAGCUGUACUUAGGUGAUUUUCCAGCAAACCAGAUUGUUUGUUGACUAAAUAUAUCGUCAAAGCAUUCAGUAUUUAUAUAUCAAGUUUUGGAAAUUGCGAGUAACAAUAAUGGUAAAUUAAUUAUUUUUUAACUCCUUCCCAAAUCUAGUGCUAGUUGCGUACUUUGUAAAGCUUUAACUGACCAAUUUGCUUCAUUCCAUUAAAUGAUUCAAACAAACUACAUGUUUUGUAUUUUAAUUAUCUUUGUUUUUGAUACAGCACACAAAAUUGAACUUAAUUAAAAUCUACUAUUUCACGUUCAAAAGAA